AGAGAGCCUAGACAAGAGUCCAAAGAGGAAACCAACUUUGCAACCAUGGUUUUGCUUUCAGAUUAUCCUCCACUCACUCUCCUACUCUUGUCUCUCCCCCUCCUCCUCCUCUUCCUCCUCAGCCACCUCCGCCGCAAGAUCUCCACCUCCAACCGCCGCCUUCCGCCGGGCCCGGCAGGAUGGCCCAUUUUCGGAAACAUGUUCCAACUCGGAGAAAUGCCUCAUCGCACCCUCACCAACAUGAGGGACAGUUACGGCCCCGUGGUGUGGCUCCGGAUAGGUGCCAUGAACACCAUGGCGAUCCUCUCCGCCAACGCCGCCACCGUCUUCUUCAAAAACCACGACCACGCCUUCGCCGACCGAACCAUCACGGAAACCAUGCGCGCCCACAACUACCACAAGUCCUCCCUCGCCCUCGCCCCUUACGGUUCCUACUGGCGCCUCAUGCGCCGCCUCGUCACCGUCGACAUGCUCGUCCUGAAACGCAUCAACGCCACCGCCACUGUCCGCCGGAGAUGCGUCAACGACAUGCUACGCUGGAUCUCCGAGGAAUCGACCAAAUCGGAGAAGGGAGUUCACGUGGCGAGGUUCGUAUUCCUAAUGACAUUCAACCUGUUCGGGAACCUGAUGCUGUCUCGUGAUGUUUUCGACCCGGACUCAGAAUCCGGAUCGGAAUUCUUCACGGCGAUGAUGGGGUUGAUGGAGUGGACAGGUCACGCCAACGUGACGGACCUGUUCCCGUGGCUGAGGUGGUUGGACCCGCAGGGACUGAGGGGGAAGAUGGAGAGGGAUAUGGGGAAGGCUCUUGAAAUUGCUUCCAAGUUUGUGAAGGAGCGUUUGGAGGAAAAGCGUGAGAACAAGACGAGGGACUUCUUAGAUGUGUUGCUUGACUUUCAGAAGAGUGAGAGUCAAGAAACACUCAACAUCUCUGAUAAAGACCUCAACAUUUUCAUAUUGGAAAUAUUUUUGGCUGGGUCAGAAACAACAAGCAGCACAAUUGAAUGGGCCUUGACGGAGUUGUUAAUUAACCGUGAGAGCAUGCAGAAGGUGAAAGCCGAGCUGAGUUCAGUGGUUGGGGCUAGAGAAAUGGAGGAGAGUGACAUAGACAACCUUCCCUACCUGCAAGGCGUGGUUAAGGAAGCACUUCGGUUGCAUCCUCCGAUUCCAUUGCUUGUGCCUCGAAAGGCGAUGAAGGACACAGAGUUCAUGGGGUACUUCAUACCCAAAGACACACAAGUCUUUGUGAACACAUGGGCAAUUGGAAGAGACCCUGAUGUGUGGGAUGAGCCUUUGGUUUUCAAGCCAGAGAGGUUUUUUGAUUGCAAGAGUGAUUACAAGGGUCAUGACUACGAGCUGAUUCCGUUCGGAGCAGGAAGAAGAAUGUGUGCAGGGGUGCCUUUGGCUCAUAGAAUCCUUCACUUGGUCUUGGGAUCAUUGCUUCAUCGGUUUGAUUGGGAGCUUGAUAGUAGUGUCACAAGAUCAACAAUAGAUAUGAGGGACAAUCUAGGGGUGACCAUGAGAAAGCUUGAACCCUUGCUUGCGGUGCCUAAAUUAACUGGAUCUUGAUCAUCAAUAACUAGUGUGCCACUUGAGUGCACCAUCUGGACUUUCAUCACAAUCAAUUAUAAGGGUUUAAUUCAUUUGGUCUCCAAGCCCGUUUGUAUAUAUCCAAAUAUAGCCUUAAUUUGGAUAUUUAUUUAUAGGCUUAAUUCCACUUUGGGUCCCUGAUGUUUUAUAAAUGUGCGAUCUGCACCCCCGUGUAUAAAACGUGCGGUCAAGGUCCCUGACGUUUCUAAAA